UGGGAUCUUAAAAGCUGGGAUCUUGAAAGCUGGGAUUUUAAAAGCUGGGAUUUCGGAAGCUGGGAUCUUGAAAGCUGGGAUCUUGAAAGCUGGGAUCUUGAAAGCUGGGAUUUUAAAAGCUGGGAUCUCGAAAGCUGGGAUCUUAAAAGCUGGGAUCUUAAAAGCUGGGAUCUCGAAAGCUGGGAUCUUGGAAGCUGUUGUAUAAUCUUGAAAGCUGGGAUCUUGAAAGCUGGGAUCUGGAGAGCUGUUGCGUAA